AAACGUAAGAGCCAAGUGAAUGCAUGUCAUUAACAACACACCACGAUGCUCACCACCGUGUAAGUCAGACGCCGAUUGCGCAAGGCCAUCCCUAUCCCACUUUGACGCCACUACAUCCGCCAACUUGGUUAGAUAUAGUGCAAGACGUUGUCCUGAUUCACGACAGGAGAUGCUCAAGAUGAUCCGGGGAGUCCUAGCAAGUCAAUCAGAGAUCGCGGAUGCGCAGACCUGUGGGAGCCUUGGAUUAGCCUCGUUGCCUGUUGCUUACUCACCCCUCGUGACGUGGCAGCAGGCGGCACAAUCUGAGCAGACAAAACAAAGUGACCCCGCCGUACCUUGCCGCAUUGCGAGAGGUCGACGCGAUCAAGAACUGGAGCUCAGAACCGAGCUGCUCGGCGACAGGUUCUUGGAUGAGGGGCAUUUGCUCCCUUUCUUCUUGCGUGCCGUAGAAUCGAAUCCAGAAGGUCUCCAGCACUGGGGCUGGCAGACUGGCACUAAGUUCGGCAACUUUGAAGCGAUCGACCAAGCCUUCAUUCCCUCGGAGAGGAGAUGGGGUGACUCGCUUAAACAUAGGACUCCGUACAAUUUGAAGGCGGUGGAGUGCUACAGCCCUGGACAUCUGUAUGGUGUAAAAAUACACUGCGGUUCGCUUCAGGUGUACGAAGGAGAACGACCGUUGAAGAUGCUGAAGCUGCGCUUCGGACAGCCUCUUCCACGUAAGACGUGUUCCGCAAAGCAUUGCUCGAAGCCAGCGUGGCAACGCAAGCGCGCCCGUGUUUCCACUUUGAUGCGAAGGGAAAUCUGCACUUACAAGCGAGACCACCCAAAUGCGACGCCCGAAGCAAUUGGUCGUAUAUUCAAGGUGGCUAGGGCUACUGUAUGCCGUACACUGAAGGACAAGGCUAGUAUUAGCCGGUUAGCCGGGCUAGAGAACAAUUUAUGGCGUUGGGCGGAGAGACGCACCCUUGACAAGAAACUCAUCAAGGACAAGGAUAUUCUCAUUGAGGCCAAAGAGAUCCACGAGACGUUUCCCGGUCUAGCGAAAGGUGCAUUUAAGGCGAGCAAAACGUGGCUGAGGAACUUCAAGCGUCGCCAUGGCAUUUCCAAGGGUGUCAUUCUCGCUGAUGCUGAGAGAGACAAAUGGUCAGCCGCCUUUGGGUUCGCAGGCGAAGGCCCGUACACUGCCUCCAAGAUGGCCGCAGAUAUCCUCAGCAAAUACCCGGAUAACCUGGACGUCCUUCAUGAUCCGACAUACACACCACCAGAUAUCUCUGGUCUCCACCCUGGGGCGGUGGUUCAUAAUGUCAUUGACUUGGCGGCGCUAUCAGCUAUGAUCCCGCGCACGCCGACGCCUGAACCGCAGCCCCCUACUGUUACAAAGCGCGGCCCCGAGCGGGUUGUACACUCCAUAGAUUCUGCGGCCCUCGCCGCUAGUAUUUUCCGGACCCCAACUCCAGAUCUCUUGGCUGAGUCCCCGGCAGCAGUCCUUGACAUCGACGCAUUUGCAGUCAAAACUUCUUGA